AUGCUCCAUGCAGUGGCUCUGUCGGGCAAUGUCCUCGCUUCCUGGGAUCACGAUGCCUUAUGCUCAUUGGCUCCAGAAGGUGAACGCCUGGCCGAAGCGAUUAAAAAGCAAUUGCAGCCACUGAUCGGUGCAUCGCCUUUCCAGCAGCGUCUGUACCUUCACGGUGAGGAGGUGCUUGAGAUCACUCCACCAUACUCGAGCUUGCUUGAAGAGGAGCUGCAGGUCGUCUUGUUGCCACUGCGGCGAGAUGCCUCUGCAGACCUUCGUUUGCAUUCUGCCGCAGGUGACGUUGUCAAGAUCAAGCAAUUGCUGCGGGAACCUCAAGCCCCUGAUCCUGUGGGGCAGUGUGAGUUCACACCGCUGCAGCUAGCUGCACGCUACGGCCACCUGGAGGUUGUUUGCAUGCUCUUGGCUGCGGGCGCUGACAAAGACCGGCAAGGACUAGCCGAGACAACGCCUUUGUUGGAGGCCGUCGACAACCAGCAUUUGGAGGUGGCACGCCACUUGGUGGAGAUUCGCGCGGACGUCGGCAAAGCUGGCCUCGGGGGUACUACACCCUUGCUUGUCGCCGUGGAACGGGGCGAUCUGCAGGCAGCGCAGCUGUUGAUCAAGGCUGGGGCUGACAAAGAUCAGCCGGAUGCAGGUGGUUUGACACCGCUACAUGCUGCAUGUGCUCAGCUGGAUAUGGUUCAGUUUCUGCUCAGCGUCACGGCAGACCAGAACGUGCAAGAGUCGAACGGAAAAACACCACUGCGAAUCGCAGCUGGCAUUGGCUGCGCAGAUGUGGUGCAGUGCCUUGUGCUCUCCGGUGCGGACAAAGACAGGUCUGAUGCUCUGCUGGUAACGCCCCUUUGGGCAGCUGCGCGGAAUGGCAGGACCGUGGUUGUUGAACAUUUGCUGAACGCAAGGGCUGAUCAGAACCAGGCUGACAUCGAUGGGGAAACACCAUUACGUGCUGCCGCUGAGCACGGCCACAUGGAAGUCGUCACGCGGUUGCUGGAUGGACGUGCAGACUUAAACAAACCUGAUAUUGAUGGAAAGACCCCCUUGCUGUCUGCGGCCCAUGCCGGACAGUUGGCAGUGGUUGAAGCUUUGCUGAAGUCGCGCGGAUUUGUGGACGUCACUGACUCAGAAGGGCGGACGCCCUUGAUGGCAGCUGCUGAGCUUGGCUUUGUGGAUGUGGUUCGCAGCCUUUUGGAGGAAGCGGCUGAUGUGAACCGUUGUCGAGCUGAUGGUGCGACACCGGCCAAGUUGGCUGCCAGCAGAGGAGAGUUGGAUGUUUUACGGCUUCUACACGUCAAAGGUGCAGUCUUGGGCCUGGCAGACCUCGAAGGUGUCACGCCUCUCUGGGCUGCUGCCAGCUGUGGGAAGCUGACGGUUGUUCAGUAUCUGCUGGACCAGGACGCUGAUGCGACAGUCCUGAAUAGACGCGGGCAGAGCUGCUUGCAAGCUGCCUCUCAACGUUGUCACUCACAGGUGGUGUCGCUUCUGAAGACCUUGAGCCACCAGAGCAAGCGCCGAAAAGUUGGCGAGGACGCUUCUGUGAAUGAUGUGCAUGAUAGCGGCACUGUGGCACAUUGUGCUGCAAACCCAAGUGGCCCUCCACGUCCGCCCUCAGCUGUGCCAAGCUGCUGUGAGCUCUUCAUCAGCGCAGAUGGUCGGCCCAUGGUCUCGGUCGCCGGUUCCGGCCUUGGAGAUUCGGAGUGCGAAGAGAAGUGCACAGUGUCUCUGUGGACUCCGAUGUUUCAGGGGCUGAGCUGCAGCGUCACGCCGAGGACGGGGUCGCAGACCCUCAGGGAAGCAGGCGUCUGUGAUGGCGAUGAGCUCAGCGCGGUCGCAGGAAACGCUCCUGACAGAGGGCCCAGCGCAAGGUUCAUGUCCGCGUUUGCUUUGAUUCGCAGCGAUGGCAGCGUGGUUUCUUGGGGUGACAGAGCUUGUGGAGGUGACUCCUGCCCGGUAGAGGAUCAGCUCGUCGCGGUCACACAGAUUCAGACCUCGUCAUCCGCCUUCGCAGCCUUGCGCCGGGAUGGUUCGGUGGUGUCCUGGGGCAACCCGAGGACGGGCGGAAACAGCAGCGCCGUGCACAAACAGCUGGUGAAGGUGAAAGAGCUACACGCCUCUGCGUGUGCCUUCGCCGCACUGCGCAAGGACGGAAGCGUCGUGACGUGGGGCAUCGACCAGUCAGGAGGGAACAGCGCGGCCGUGCAAUCUCAACUCGUGCAGGUGAAGGACCUUUGUGCAUCGACCUUCGCCUUCGCGGCUUUGCGGGAGGAUGGUAAGGUGGUGACCUGGGGCUCCAGCAGUGUGGGUGGCGACAGCAGCUCUGUGCGAGAGCAGCUGACAAGCGUCCGCCAGCUGUUUGGAUUCGCCAAUGGCUUUGCUGCAAUCCGGACAGAUGGCCAUCCCGUCGUGUGGGGUGAUUUGCCAUCUGGCCGAGACGGCACCAAACUACAGCGGGAGCUGCAUGACGUGCGCUGUGUGUACGCAACGGAUUCAGCUUGCGCUGCCUUGCGGGCAGAUGGGCGCGUUAUCACCUGGGGCAGCAUGGGACAAAGCCUUCCACCUCAUGGGCAGCUCGUUCAUGUCCGGCAAAUAUGCACCACUCGUUCAGCAUUUGCCGCUGUCCGAGAUGAUGGCAGCGUGGUAGCUUGGGGACGUUCUGAUGGAGGUGGAGACUGCAGAUCUGUCGAGGACCAGCUUUUCGAAGUCAAGCAGCUGGCGUCGACGGACUCCGCUUUUGCUGCGCUGCGGGCCGACGGUUCGGUCAUUGCAUGGGGCGACGCCAAAGGUGGUGGGGAUUGCGCGCCGGUGAAGCAGCGACUCCAAGGUAUUCGGCACGUGUCUGCGACAUCUGCAGCCUUCUGCGCCCUCGCUGUGGAUGGCGCCCCUGUGGCUUGGGGUGAUGUAGCACGUGGUGGCCAACUACCCAUGGAGAUGCUACACGACGUGGAGCAGAUUUUCGCUGCGUCGUCCGCCUUCGCAGCCUUGCGAAGAGAUGGUUCAGUUGUCGCCUGGGGCGAGGCAAAGAACGGCGGCGACUGCAGCCAUGCCUUUCGCCUGAGGGACGUGACCCCGUUGCAUGUCAGCGGCGAGGUCUUCGCUCGAGUGUCUCCGUUGGCACUGCAAGAGUGA